AGACGUAUACUUCAUUGUUGAACAAUAGCAGCAAUCAAAAACCACAUACAGUUUUCAUGUGACUCAUUGAGGUUUAUUGCUGUGUGUGAGUUCUGAAUGUUUGUGUUUGCCUGUUUUGUCAAUUCCUGCUGGUUAUCAAGUCAUGCCACGUGGAAGAGAUGUCAGCAACAGCUGUUGCCUCCCACUGCGCCUAAAUGAGGACAAUGCCCGUUUUGGCUUGUUGGCAGCUUUCAUCUUACUUUACCUGCUGUGUGGGGCAGUUGUGUUCUCGGCUCUGGAGCAUCCCUCUGAACUGCAGGCCCAGAAACGCUGGGAGGAACAACUGGCUAACUUCACAGAUCAAAACAGCAUCAACCUGAACUCACUACAGGACUUGCUAAGGCGAUACGAGGAGGCCUUCGUGGCCGGGAUCCGAGUAGACAAACUUAGGCCCCGCUGGGAUUUUUCUGGGGCGUUUUAUUUUGUUGGUACAGUGGUGUCCACUAUUGGUUUUGGCAUGACCACUCCCGUCACCAUCGCAGGUAAGAUCUUUCUGAUAUUCUAUGGACUCCUUGGUUGUGCAGCAACAAUCCUCUUCUUCAACCUUUUCCUGGAGCGCAUCAUCACGAUGUUGGCCUACAUCAUGCGUUGGUGUCACGAGCGCCAACUGCGGCGCUCUGGCGUGGGAGGAGUGGAAUCCAGGAGUGAGGACGACAGUCUGGAGGGUUGGAAACCAUCGGUCUACUACGUGAUGCUCAUUCUGGGCAUAGCUGCCUUGCUGAUCGCCUGCAGCGCUUCGGCUUUGUAUUCUGCCAUGGAAGGCUGGGACUACUUUGAAUCCCUGUACUUCUGUUUUGUGGCCUUCAGCACCAUUGGGUUCGGAGAUCUGGUGAGCAGCCAGAGGGAAAGUUAUAAGGCUCAGGAGGCCUACCGCUUCGGCAACUGCCUCUUCAUCCUUAUGGGUGUGUGUUGCAUCUAUUCCCUGUUUAAUGUUAUUUCCAUCAUCAUCAAACAGACACUCAACUGGAUCCUGGGUAAAGUGGACUGCAACAGGUCUCGCCGUCCGUGCCGUGGCCAUCCGUACAGGAGACGGGGUCGGGCCUGCUGCUGCUGCUGUUUCCCGCGCAUUCCCAACCAACGAAACAAUCACCACCCGCCACCAGGAAACUCCCGACAGAGGGGUCAGAAGCGCAAUGCGGUGCACCCUGCUCCCGCCGAAAAAACGGCGGGAAAGCGCUUUACUAAUGCAUCAGUGGAAACAGUUUGUGACAGUGAGACGGAGGCUGGCUAUGGACCAGAUGGAGGUUAUCUGACAGGGCGCAGACUGUCUGGAGAAAUGAUCUCCGUCAAUGACUUUAUGGCCAACAAGGUUUCUCUGGCCAUUCUACAGAAGCAACUCUCAGAAACUGCUCACGGUAAUCCGAGACAAAGCCAUGUUCGCCACAACGGCUUCUCUGGUGGAGUGGGCGCCUUUGCUAUUAUGAAUAACCGCCUUCAGGAGACAAGUGUUGACAGGUAGCUCGUAUAUACAAAGGUGAUUAUUUCUAUAUAAAGAUACUUAUUUAACUAUUGUAUAUAAAAUGCUCAUGUAGGAAAUGUUAAACACUUUUUUUGUAGGUUUAAUCAUUCACUACAUUAAAAAUGUAAAUGACUUUUGUCUGAUGCAGUGCAUACAAGGUAUACAUUUAAAGGGAUAGUUCACCC